CGCGGUUGCAGUCUCCCUGACCGCAGCUUAAUUGGUCAUGGAACAACACCAGACCGCAGCUGGUCAGAAAGACAGCGCUCCGCGUUCAAACUGGGAAAAAAAGAGACAAAACAGAGGGCAUUUUAAUCAUCCAACCAAAUCCGUUUAAACGAAUGGAGGCACUGGGCCAUUAUUUAUUACGCCUGAAUGUGCCAAUUUAAUAUCUACAGGAUGUUCUGCAGCGAUGUGGACACACUCUGGUACCGACUGGCAUUCUUGCUUUUUUUCGUUGCGUCGAUAAGACGUGCCGUGCGCCAGAAUACACAGCUUCCACUCUAAAAAGCCACUUUAAUCUACACGUCUAGCUGGCAGCACACUAUUUUUGUCUUUUGUUCUCCGUCGUGCAUCUGCCUUUCUCUGUCUACCUUGGUAGGUAGCCAGACAGCCAGCUAGCUUGCGUUGUUGUUUUAGCAACGGUGUAUUAUCAUGUAGGGCUGCAUGCUCGUUCUAGCGAUCUGUCAAAGCUCCGUCUGUUUGCGCCUAAGCUACCUUGUUAGCUGUUCUGCUCUUAACAUUUCCUAGCCAAGACACAAAACGGAUUUGUAUAUCUUCUAAUUGAAUUGGUUUCCAGCUAGAUCGGUAAUCUAACGUGUGCAGACCAAUCCCAGCUCAUGCAGAAUUGUGGAAUCUCGAGCUGUCAAUGCUGGUUCGGUCCUGGAUGACAAAAUGAUCAAACGUUAGUUCGUGUUUAGCUUGACAAAAUAUUCAAAUGUCGGUGCUCCGCAUUUAGCUAGCAAGAAGGCUGGCUAGCCAUCGUCUUGCGCACGUUGCCCGAAGACAGAAAAUACGUGUCACUGAUUAAUGACUAAGGUACGGUUAUUUUAGCUGCGAAAUCGGAGGCGUGCAGGUAGCUAGCAGUUAGCUGCCUAUUUUAUCCAGCUGACUAGGCUGGUUGUCUUAUUGUAAGCAAAGGGACGGGCCGAUAGCGAGAAGAUGGGGUCGAUGUUUCGGAGUGAGGAGAUGUGCAUGGCCCAGCUCUUCCUCCAGUCAGGCUCGGCGUACGACUGCAUCAGCGAACUGGGAGAAAUGGGUCUGGUCGAAUUCCGAGAUCUCAACCCCAGUGUCAGCUCCUUCCAGCGCAAGUUCGUCAGCGAGAUCAAGAGGUGCGAGGAGAUGGAGAGGAUUCUGGGGUAUCUGCUGAGGGAGAUCAGGAAAGCGGGAAUUCCCCUGCCAGACGUGGAGGUCAGUCCGGUUGCCCCUCCGCCCAGACAGGUGCUGGAGAUCAUGGAGCAGCUGCAGAGGCUGGAGGUGGAGCUGAGUGAGGUAGCCAGGAACAAGGAGAAGCUGCAGAGGAACCUGCUGGAGCUGAUGGAGUACGCCCUGAUGCUGAAAGUCACCCGCGGAUUCGUGCACCGAAGCGAGCGGGACCGCCUGGGACCCCAGUAUGAGGAGUUCCCCUUCCUGGAGAAGGACUCUGUGACGGGCUGCACCAGCAUGCAGCGGCUGGGAGCCAAACUGGGGUUUAUCUCCGGCCUGAUCCAGCGUGCCAAGAUGGAGGCCUUCGAGCGCAUGCUGUGGAGGGUGUGCAAAGGCUACACCAUCCUCAGCCACUCCGACACGGACGAGAGCGUGCAGGACCCCGACACGGGGGAGGUCACCAAGAGCGUCGUCUUCCUCAUCUCCUUCUGGGGGGAUCAGAUUGGCCAGAAAGUGCAGAAGAUCUGUGAUUGUUACCACUGUCAUCUGUACCCACACCCUGACAGUGCGGAGGAGAGAGAGGAUGUGAUGGACAGCCUGAGGACUCGAACCCAGGACCUGCAGACGGUUCUUCACAGGACAGAGGACUACCUGAGACAGGUGCUGGACAAGGCCUCGGAGUCCGUCUGCACCUGGGUCAUCCAGGUGAAGAAGAUGAAGGCCAUUUACCACAUCUUGAACCUGUGCAGCUUCGAUGUCACCAACAAGUGUCUCAUUGCCGAGGUGUGGUGUCCCGUCAAUGACCUGGCUGCCCUACGGAGGGCCCUGGAGGAGGGCUCGAGAAAAAGCGGUGCCACCGUCCCUUCCUUUGUGAAUCGUAUCCCCAGCAGUGGUACUCCUCCCACCCUCCUAAGGACCAACAAAUUCACCUCGGGCUUCCAGAACAUUGUGGAUGCCUACGGAGUGGGGAGCUACAGAGAGGUCAACCCAGGUCCAUACACCAUUGUCACCUUCCCCUUCCUGUUUGCGGUGAUGUUCGGGGACCUGGGCCAUGGCCUUGUCAUGGCGUUCUUUGCCCUCUGGAUGGUGCUGUGUGAGAAGGACCCCAAGGUGAAGCGCAGCAGGAGUGAGAUCUGGAACAUGUUCUUUGAGGGCCGCUACAUCAUCCUGAUGAUGGGGCUGUUCUCUGUCUACACUGGACUCAUCUACAACGACUGCUUCUCCAAAUCACUCAACAUCUUCAGCUCAGGCUGGAGUGUGAGGGCCAUGUUCACCGAGCAGCAGUGGACGAAUGAAACUCUGCGCUCAAACGCCUUGCUCACCCUUGACCCAAAUGUCAGCGGGGUCUUCAAUGGACCUUACCCUCUCGGCAUUGACCCGAUCUGGAACAUGGCGUCAAAUCGUUUGACUUUCCUGAACUCCUACAAGAUGAAGAUGUCAGUCAUCUUGGGUGUCCUCCAUAUGAGCUUCGGGAUUGUUCUGGGCAUCUUCAACCACAUGCACUUCCGGCAGAAGUUUAACCUGUACCUGGUGUUCCUGCCUGAGCUGCUCUUCCUGCUGUGUCUCUUCGGCUACCUGGUCUUCAUGAUCUUCUUUAAGUGGCUGGCGUACUCCGCGCAGGACUCGCGCCUGGCCCCCAGCGUCCUGGUGCACUUCAUCAACAUGUUCCUGAUGAAGGGGGACGGAGAGCGCCCCCUCUACCCUGGACAGAUGGCUCUGCAGGUUCUGCUGCUGGUGAUUGCGCUGCUGUCUGUGCCAGUCCUGCUGCUGGGGAAGCCGAUCUACCUGUACUGGCUGCACCACGGAGGCCGCAGUCAGGGCUCCUACAGGGGCUAUGAGAGAGUGCAGAGGGGUAGUGUGGAGGAUCUGUCUGUCACUCUGUCCCAUGACCUGGAGGAGGGAGUCAGUCACAGUGACCACCCCACUGGCCGGGAGGCCCAGCCGGAGCAGUUUGACUUUGGAGACGUGCUCCUUCACCAGGCCAUCCACACCAUUGAGUACUGCCUGGGCUGCAUCUCCAACAGCGCCUCCUACCUGCGGCUGUGGGCGCUGAGCCUGGCCCACGCCCAGCUGUCGGAGGUGCUGUGGACCAUGGUCCUGCGUGUGGGGGUGCGUGUGGACUCCAGCGUGGGGGCGGUGUUCCUGGUGCCCGUUUUCGGUGUCUUCGCCAUCCUCACUGUGGCCAUCCUGCUGCUGAUGGAGGGACUGUCUGCCUUCCUGCACGCACUCCGACUACACUGGGUGGAGUUCCAGAACAAGUUCUACAGCGGGACGGGCGUCAAGUUUGUCCCUUUUGCCUUCUCCCUGCUGCCUUCCAGCGUGGAUCAGGAAGGCCUGAUGGAGGAUGUGGUGCUGUAGCCGGGGAACGGAGAGAGAGAGAGAGAGAGAGAGAGAGAGAGAGAGAGGCACAUCCCCGAGCCUCAUAUCUCUGCUCAUAUCACAUCCAGAUUCUUUUCUAUCAGAUCAGCUCACUGCACUGACUGCUGUGCACAAAUGCAGCCAAGUCCCAUUUUUUCUUUUCGGAAUUCGGCCACUCUGCCCAGAUCUCUACGUACCGACCCCUUCUGUCCACAAGAUGUCGCUGAUUCUCUGGUGGUGUUCUGUGUUUAAAAGGUGACUUCCAGUGUGUUCCACCACGCUUUGGCAGGGGGCUUUUUUGGAUAAGGGGCAAGCGGAGGUGGGUGCGCUUGGUCUUCACAUGAAGGCCAAGAUAAAUUCAUUUAAAUGCCACCUCAGAACGAAGUUCAAAGUGCUUAAACCUUUUAUUGCUGUUAAGCUACCUGUGCUGCAUUUGACGUAAGCUUCCGGAGGAAAAGGUAACAUUUGCUGGGAGUUGUUCUGUGCGUCCUCGUGAUAUGGAUGUGUGUGUACAGUGUAGCGUUAGAUGCACCUUCAGCACUUUGUAAGAGACCCUCCCUCUUUGCCAACAUAUCAGCUCUGGGUCAGGGUCAAAGGUCAGCCAGGGUAGUUGUUUAAUAAAGGACCAGGUACGGUUUUCAGUUCAUCAGUUUGUUUAACUGAACCUUGAAUUUGAACUUUUCCCAUCUGAUCCGAAGUCAUACCAUACAACAUAUCAUAUUGAACAACACCAGUCAUAUUAAAUAACAUAACGUAUACAUGCUUGACCUUGGUUAUCUUUAUAGUCAGUGUUUACGAGUUCGAAUUGGAGAAGUAAAUGGAAAAUUUUUACCUCUUGAGCUGAAACGAAAGGCCUAGUUAAAGACUCAAUAUUAGGAUACACACGACAAGGAACAGCUUUGCAUGUGUUCGGGUAGUUUCCAAAUGAGCUGCAGAACCUGUUUCCUCCAGUAGGUGGAGACAAUGCCUCUUGAAAUUUAU